CAAGUCAUUAAUUAUUUAUUCGUGAUAAAAUGUGAUAUUUUUAUUGAUAUGUUCAUUUGACGAGGCCGUCAAAAUGGACAGAAUAAUGUCACUAAUAAUAAAACUGACAAUAUUGUCAGUUUUGUCGACCGUCGUCAAAACUGAUUUUCCAUUGGAUUUCGAUGUUCCCGACGUGGAAAUUGAACGCAGCGAUUCUGAGACCAUGUUUAGAUUACCGGAAGAUCUAGACCCUAUACAUUAUGAUGCAGAAAUAACUCCAUACUUUGAAGCGACUUCUAACAGAGAAGCUUUUACCUUUGAUGGUUUAGUUACGAUUUAUCUUAGAGCUAUGAAGAGCGGCAUCAACUCUCUUAUUGUACAGGAAAAUGUACGAGAAAUUCUUCACAUUACAGUCACAGAUGAGGCAAAUUUACCGAUACUUCUUAAUUUAACGAAUCCUUUCGAACGACUUCGACAGUUUCACUUUUUAAGAAUCAACUUAAGAGAUGGUGUCACGUUAGAGAAUAAUCGUGUAUACAAAUUGACUAUAGGAUAUUUAGGUAAUAUAAACGAAACACCUUUAUCCAGAGGCGUAUUUAGAGGAAGUUAUAAAGGAAGUGAUGGAAGACUUCACUGGUAUGCAGCGACUCAUUUACAGCCAACUAAUUCAAGACAGGUCUUCCCCAGCUUCGAUGAGCCCGGAUUUAAGUCAACCUUCAAUAUUACUAUCUAUCGGCCUAUUCAUUUCACCGAAAGUUAUUCUAAUAUGAGAAUCGCUGAAAGUACUGUCGUCGGUGACAGAGUAAAGGAAGUGUUCCAUCAAACACCAAGAAUGUCUGCGUACCUGGUUACAUUCCAUAUAAGCGAAGAAUUUACCGUCAUAGCUGACAAUAAUGAUGCUGCGAGACCGUACCGUAUUCUUGCGCGACCCAAUGCUCGCGGACAAGGGGAAUAUGCUCUUGAAGUUGGACCACCACUAACACGUUGGUUCGAGGAGUACUUUGGUAUCGAUUAUUAUACUAUGGGACCAGAUAUGAAAAAUGACCAAAUUGCUGUACCUGAUUGGGCAUCUGGAGCUACAGAAAAUUGGGGUUUCGUUUCUUAUAGAGAACUGCGCCUGCUGUACGAGGAAGGCGAGACUAAUGCAUUGGACAUGAAAAGCAUAGCAACAAUCACGGCUCAUGAAUUAGCCCACAAAUGGUUUGGUAACCUCGUCACUUGCCGGUGGUGGGACAACGUUUGGAUUAACGAAGGCUUUGCCAGUUACUUUGAAUACUUUGCCAUGGAUGGGGUUGAUCCUUCUAUGGAGUUGGAAGCACAAUUCAACGUAUUCUACUUACAAAGCGCGUUGUCCGCCGACCAGUCAGCUUCCACUAGAGCUCUGCAACACACAGUGAAUACUCCAGCUCAAGUGACCGGCCAUUUCUCCGGUAUAAGCUACAGCAAGGGUGCCUCUCUUCUGCUCAUGUUGAAACACUUUGUUACUGAGAACACUUUCAGGAAAGCGUUGAAUUACUUUUUGGUCGAUAGGUCUUACGAACAUGCUUUUCCGUUCCACCUAUAUGAAAGCUUUGCAAAAGCUGUGGCCGAAGAUUCUACUGUGGACAGAAGCAUCAAUAUGACUGAGUUCAUCACAUACUGGGUGGAGGAACGUGGGUACCCCGUCCUGAACGUCAAUGUUAAUAUGAAUACUGGCUUGAUUGAACUCACUCAGGAGAGAUUCUUCAUCAGUGCCUCAGCGCAGACCACAGACCAAGCGUGGCAUCUUCCACUCACUUAUACAACUGGCAGCAACCCAGACUGGAACAAUCUUAAAGCCAGUGAAGUUAUGACUAGCAAGACCCAUCGUAUACAAAAGGAGGCCAGACACGAAUGGGUCAUUUUUAAUCUACAACAAAAAGGUAUAUAUCGAGUGAACUAUGAUACCCAUAAUUGGGAAAUGAUAGCCAGUGCUCUUAAACAAAACCGGGAAAGCAUACACUACUUGAACAGAGCACAGAUUGUUGACGACGUUUUCGCUCUGAUGAGAUCAGAAAGAAUAACAUUCAACCUUGGAUUCCAAAUCUUAGAAUUCUUGAAGAACGAGACCAACUUCUUCGUGUGGUAUCCCGCUAUCAGUGGUUUUACUUGGUUGAGGAAUAGGUUCUUGCAUUUGCCCGAUACGCUCGCGGAAUUUGACUCGAUUCUACUUGGAUACUUGAACGCUGUGGUCAAUGAACUUGGGUAUGACGUCAGACCUAGCGAUUCGCAUACAACCAUUUUGAAUAGAUUCUACAUAUUAUCUUUCGCUUGCAACAUCGGUCAUGAAGGAUGCCUCAACAAUGCUGUUGAGAAGUUUGCAGCUCUACGAACAAAUGGUGUGAGUGUCAACCCCAAUUUGAGAAGACACGUGUUCUGCGAGGGUCUUCGUGACGGCGGAUACGAGGAUUGGCGCUUCCUUUACCAGCGAAGACUGAACUCUAACAAUAUGGGCGAUCAAGUCGCUAUGCUGAGGGCUUUGGGAUGUACCACCAACGAAAGAGCGAUACAAGAAUUCCUACAAAUGGUACUCAGCGAUGACGUUAAGGCACAAGACAGAGUGAAUGCACUAACAUUCCUGUACAUGGGAGAUCGCAACAACGCCAAAAUAGCUCUCCAGUUUGUAAAGCAAAGGGUUGAUGAUAUCAGACGAGCUGUUGUUCUGCCAGCUUGGUUCGACAAUGUUCUUAUCAACUUGGCAAGCUAUUUGGACGAAGAAGGACUUCAAGACAUGGAAACUUGGCUUAGAGCGAAUCAGGCGACCAUUCCUGAGUUCCAGACAGGAUUGAACGCUAUAACAUCAGCUCGCACCAACAUGCAAUGGGGCACGGACAGAGCUAGUGCGAUAUUGAGAGCGGCUAGGGGCUCGGCCGCGAUCGCUGUACCUACUAUAAUGCUGCUAUUGACAACGUCGAUCGCAAUGAUGCUUAGAUAGAUUGAAACCUGUCAUUCAUACUAUUU